AUGUUAGCCGUGGGUCCGAUGGACGGGUCCCGACAGAGCGCCUUUCUCCUCAGCACCCCUCCUUUGGCCGCUCUGCACAGUAUGACCGAGAUGAAGACCCCCUUGUACCCGGCGUACCCACUGUCCUCCAGUGGCCCCAACUCUUCCACUUCACCGGCUACCACUUCUCCUAACCCGGGAGGCAUGGCCGUAUCCUCUCCCGGAAUCAAAUCCUCAACCGGACUGUCCUCCGGACUGAGCUCCCCGCAACAGUGUUCGUCGGCGACCCCUCACGGGAUAAAUGAUAUCUUAAACCGUCCCUCCACGUCUUCUUCCACGGGCUCAUCCACUGUGGGCUCCUCAACAGCGGGCAUUCUGUCAGGACUGCCCCGAUUCAGCAGCUUAAGCCCGCCACCUCCUCCUGGACUAUACUUCAGUCCCAGCGCUGCCGCGGUGGCCGUGGCCCGGUACCCCAAACCUCUGGCGGACCUCCCGGGGAGAACGCCUAUCUUUUGGCCAGGAGUCAUGCAGAGCCCCCACUGGAGGGACGCCAGAUUCGCCUGUUCACCCCAUCAAAAUUCGGUGUUACUGGACAAAGAUGGCAAAAGAAAACAUACGAGGCCAACAUUUUCGGGACAACAGAUUUUCGCAUUGGAAAAGACUUUUGAACAGACCAAAUACCUUGCGGGGCCAGAGCGAGCACGGCUCGCAUACUCUUUGGGAAUGACCGAGAGCCAAGUCAAGGUUUGGUUUCAGAACAGAAGGACGAAAUGGAGGAAAAAACAUGCUGCGGAGAUGGCCACAGCCAAAAAGAAGCAGGACUCAGAGACAGAGAGGCUGAAGGGGACCUCGGACAACGAAGACGACGAUGAUGACUACAACAGACCACUGGACCCGAACUCAGACGAUGAGAAGAUUACGCAGCUGCUGAAAAAACACAAACCCUGCUCGUCGCUGUUAAUUCACACGUCUGAAAAUGACAGCUCCUAA